AUGGUCCAGAAAUGGCCACGCUACAACAUCCUUAUCCAUUGUCAAACUCGGAGUUCUAAAAACGGUAUAAGGAAAAAGGCUGAUGUCGAAGGAUCUGCUAGUUUCCCACUGUUAUUACCAAUCCAAAACAAUGGUAGCAUCAACAGCAGCCGUCACUUUUCCCGGUCCUGGUGGCCUAAUCUCAGGCAGAGCAAGACCAAGAAGCAGGCCAGCAGGGGUGAAGUUACAGCAACAAAGACCAUCAUCCAUUAAUAUACACAUUAUUAGCCGGAUAUCAUCACAAUCAAAAUCAUUAGGGCCACUAAAAGCAGCAUCUGGUGGUGGAGUUCCACUUCCGCCAUUGGAUUUGACAGAGGAAAAUAUUGAACUUGUCUUAGCUGAUGCCCGUGUAGAGCUUGCUCAGCUUUUUGACACUGAGGUUGGCAUAACAGGUCAAGUUGAAUUAUCGGAAUUGGAUGGACCCUUUGUGAAGAUUAGUCUCAAGGGUCGAUUUUGGCACAAACGUACCACGGUUGUAGCCAGAGUCGGAAAUUAUCUGAAGCAGAGAAUCCCUGCAAUUUUUUGUUGAAAUUGUUUCUAUUUCCGUGUCAGGAAAUCCUGGUGGUUGAGAUUGAAGAUGAGAAACAAUUAGAUGACAGCCCUGAAAACUUCUGAGACCCUGAGAUGACCCUAGGGUCGUUUAUUCAUUUUAGUUGCUUUCAGUUUAGGCCCUUUUUUUAUUAUUACUAUUUUUGCAGCUCAAUGGAUACAACUCUAGAGGGAAAAAGACUUUAAUCCGUUAAUUUAUAAACUAUGUGAUUUUCA